AUGCCUGGAUCAAUCUUAUACGCAAGAACCUCUGAAGGUUUACUUUUCAAACAAAACGCUCAAACUAUAGGUUCCGAAUCAACUUCCAAAAAUAAUGACGCUAUCAUCCAACUGGGUGCUCAAGAUCCAACCAUUUCUCUUGUAAACCAUCACGUUUGGUUAGCUGAUGUCAUUAAUAGAAAUGUACAAGUCCAUAAAGUCGCAGCUUUAUUAGGUUUCAUUAGAUUAAAAUUGAAUAAAUAUGCAAUCUUGGCAGAUACUGUAGAAGAAACCGGUACUUUAGGCAAUCAUUCCAUCUAUAAAGUUGUCAAUUUCUCAAUCAUCUCAGCUCAUUCCUCUCCAAGAAUCGAUUCUGAUGAAUCUGAAUAUUUGAAAUUAUUAGAAAUGCAAUUAAAUAAUGCUACUUUACAUUUCUCUUAUACUUAUGAUUUAACAAAUUCUUUACAAAGAAAUGAAUCAAUCAAGCAGAAACCUACUUGGAGAACAGCUGAUACAAGAUUUUUUUGGAAUCAUUAUAUUACUACUGAAUUACAAGAAUUAUCCCAACAAGACCCCUCUGUAGAUUAUUUCAUUCAACCAAUCAUUUAUGGUUAUACAAAGAUAGUCCAAACUUCUUUAUAUUCUACUCCAAUCACAGUAGGUAUUAUCACUAGACGUAGUAUAUUUAGGGCAGGUACUAGAUAUUUCCGUCGUGGGAUCGAUUCCGAAGGUAAUGUGGGCAAUUUCAAUGAAACUGAACAAGUCUUGGUAGUUUCCAGUCAAGAUUCUUCUUCUUCUCAUGUAUUCGCCUUCUUAGAAACAAGAGGUUCAGUUCCAGUUAAAUGGGCCGAAAUUAAUAAUUUGAAAUAUAAACCAAAAUUAGUUUUAGCAGCAAAUCCAAACUUAACUCCAACUGAAAUUCAUUUCAAUCAACAAAAGAAAUUAUAUGGUACCAAUUAUUUAAUUAAUUUGGUUAAUCAAAAGGGUCACGAAUUACCUGUUAAAGAAGCUUACGAAAGUGCAGUAGCAAGUUUAAAUGACCCAGAGGUUCGUUAUGUUUAUUUCGAUUUCCAUCAUGAAUGUAGAAAAAUGCAAUGGCAUAAAGUCAAAUUAUUAAUCCCACAAUUAGAAGAUAAAGGUUUAACAAAUGAUGAUUAUUUCUACAAGAUUAUUAGAAAUUCAGACGGUAUGACUGAAAAAAUUGUCAAAGAACAACAUUCUAUCUUAAGAACCAAUUGUAUGGAUUGUUUAGAUAGAACAAAUGUGGUACAAUCUGUUUUUGCUAAUUGGAUCAUGCAAAAUCAAUUAGAAACCGCAGGUGUAUUAACUGAAGAUGAAUCAUGGGAAUCUGAUAAAAGUUUAUUAUCUUAUUUACAAAACUUAUGGGCAGAUAAUGCAGAUGCUGUCAGUUUAUCAUAUUCAGGUACCGGUGCUUUGAAAACAGAUUAUACUAGAACUGGUAAACGUACUCGUGCUGGUGCCUUUAAAGAUUUCGUUAAUUCUGCUUCUCGUUAUUAUCAAAAUAAUUUGACUGAUGGUCCAAGACAAGAUUCUUAUGAUUUAAUCUUGGGUAAUUUCAAACCACAUAUGGAUUCUGUUCAAUCUCCUUUUACUGAUAGAAGACCAAUGUAUAUUCAAUUUAUUCCAACUAUUAUUUAUGCAGCAUUAACUGUUUUAUUAGCUACGAUUUUCUUCCCAAAAUCUUACUUCACAAGUCGUAAAAAUUUAAGUUUCUUCUUUGGAUCUUUAUUCAUUUUAGCUGUAGGCUUGCAAUUUGUUAUGAAAAAUGGGUUGCAAUAUGUUCAUUGGCCAAAAUUGGUUCAUGUCGAUUUCUUAACUGUUGAACAAUCUCAUAAUAAAGAACAACAAUUUAGAGGUACUAAAUACUCUCAAAGUGCUGCAUUCACUAAGCCGGAUACUCUAAAGAAGGAUUAA